GUGUUGACUGCCAUCACUCCAUAACCAAAACUAAAACCAAAACCAACCAUUUUUCAAUUAUUUCCAUUUGUCCCAAUCUUCUUCUUCCUCUUCCUUUGUCUCUUCUUUCCCAUUCUCAUUUCACUUCAACUUCUUCUAGAUCCAAAUCCAAUCCUGUUCCUCCUUCACAAUCAGUUACUGCAUCUUUAUCAAUUUUGAAUCAACUUGGUUGCUAGAACAUUAACAAUUUAUAAGUAAAGUUUAUUCCUUUUCUGAGUUGAUGGCAUCAGGGGUUGUGCCACCUGCUUCUGGAUUCACAGAUAUGAACACAAGUUCAGUUGUUGGGGUUGAAAGGUUGCCCCAUGAAUUGAAUGUCAUGAAAAUCAGGGAUGACAAGGAAAUGGAAGCCACUGUGGUAGAUGGAACUGGAACAGAAACUGGACAUAUAAUUGUCACUACCAUUGGUGGUAAAAAUGGCCAGCCUAAACAGACAAUAAGCUACAUGGCUGAGCGUGUUGUUGGAAAUGGGUCCUUUGGGGUAGUUUUCCAGGCAAAGUGCUUGGAGACUGGUGAAACUGUGGCAAUUAAGAAGGUUCUUCAAGAUAAGAGAUACAAGAACCGUGAAUUGCAAACCAUGCGCCUUCUGGACCACCCUAAUGUUGUAUCUUUGAAGCAUUGUUUCUUUUCUACAACUGAAAAGGAUGAACUAUAUCUCAAUCUUGUGCUUGAAUACGUUCCUGAGACUGUCAAUCGGGUCAUCAGACACUACAACAAAAUGAAUCAAAGAAUGCCAUUGAUAUAUGUCAAACUUUAUUCUUACCAGAUUUUGAGAGCACUUGCUUAUAUUCACAACAGCAUUGGAGUGUGUCACAGGGAUAUAAAACCUCAAAAUUUACUGGUCAAUCCUCACACCCACCAGUUGAAGAUAUGUGACUUUGGAAGUGCUAAAGUCUUGGUUAAAGGUGAGCCGAACAUAUCUUACAUCUGCUCUAGGUACUAUAGAGCUCCUGAGCUUAUAUUUGGUGCAACGGAGUACACCACAGCCAUUGACAUCUGGUCAGCUGGUUGUGUACUUGGUGAACUGUUGCUUGGCCAGCCGCUUUUUCCUGGUGAGAGUGGAGUAGACCAGCUUGUGGAAAUUAUCAAGGUUUUAGGUACCCCAACAAGGGAAGAAAUCAAGUGUAUGAAUCCUAAUUACACAGAGUUUAAGUUUCCUCAAAUUAAAGCUCAUCCAUGGCAUAAGAUCUUUCACAAGCGAAUGCCACCUGAGGCUGUGGAUCUUGUCUCAAGACUUUUGCAAUACUCUCCAAAUCUUCGAAGCACAGCUUUGGAGGCUCUGGUUCAUCCAUUCUACGAUGAGCUGCGUGAGGCAAAUACCCGGUUGCCAAAUGGCCGUUUCCUUCCUCCACUAUUUAACUUCAAAGCCAAUGAGCUUAAAGGAGUAGCAGCUGAGAUGCUUGUGAAGCUGAUUCCACCUCAUGCAAGAAAGCAGUGUGCCUUGUUUGGGUCAUAAUGCAGUGUGCCUUAUGUUGUUAAUAUCAUAUACUUAUACUUUCUCCCUCUAAAAGUGUAUCUAGUCUAUUUCAGGUGGUUAACAUGUUAAUUUGUUCAACCCCCUCACCACCUUCCAAUUUAUUAUUUUUGUCCCUGCCUGUAGAAAAUCUGUUUGAGAAGAAACUUGUGCUUGAUUCCUUUGUAGGUUCUGAUGGGUUCACACCUUAAAAAGUUUAGCAGGUUGUAUUAACUUGAACCAUUAUUUAUUUCAGUGAUAUACUUGAUCUAUA